AUGGAUGAUUUAUUUUUAAGAGUAUUUAAAAACAAAUAUUUAAAUAGUAUAAUUUUUGGUUUUAUCAAACAAUCAAAUAAAGAGCUAUUGUAUUUUACAUAUAAUUAUUAUACUAUUCCACUUACUGUAAUAAUUAAAAAUAAUGACAAAGAGUUAUUAAUUGAAAAAAUAAAAUUGCAUGGAAAGUAUUUUAAUAAAAACAGUAAUUUUUUAAAUCAAAACAAUAAAGAAAUAUAUAAAUAUUAUUUUGACAUUGACCCACUUGAUAUACUGGUCGAAUGGGAUGGAUUUGAUAUUGACCUAUUAAAAUUAUUAGACAACAAUUAUCCAAAUCAAUUAAAAUUCACUACAAACCACCUUCAUACAAUUUCUAAAAGAUCAAACAUUACUUUAUUAAAAGAAAUCGAAAAAAGAAUUUUCCAUAGCAAAAUAAAUAAAAAAAUUUCAUGGAAUUGGAACUUGGAUUUUGAUUUAAGUAAAAAAUCAAAUGAUAUAAUUGAAGUUUAUAAAUUUAUCAAAAAUAAUUACUUGGUAAAAAAGUUAGAAAAUAGAUUAAUAUUAUUAUUAAGUUAUAUUUCUAAAAAAAACAAAUCCAAUGAACUAGGUUGUUUUUUUUUAAAUGAAUUGGUAUCCGUUUCAUACAAUAAAGAUAUCUCAUUAAAUAAUAAAACUUAUGAAAGGGUUUUUUUAAAUUCAUUAGAACUAAAAGAUUUGGAAAUGAUUAAAAUAUUGUUUUCUAUAGUUUCAGAAAAUAAUACAACAAUAAAAGAGGAUAUUAGCGAAGCAGACUAUGUUUCAAUAAUGGGAUAUAAAUUAUUGAAAAAACAAUUUAGCAGAAUCUCGGGAAGAUUUUUGAUCAAGUCGAAAUUGGUAGAGUUAUUCAAGGAAGUAUAUCCCAUUUGUAAUAGGUCAGAUCAAUCUUUCUGUGGUUGUUGUGGUUAUAAUUUUUGUGAUAGCAUGGAAAUUGCUGAAUACAUGUUUCAAAAUGGUUUAAGUACUAAAGCAACUAUAUUUUCAGUAAACUGUGUCAGAGAUGACCUAUCAAACCUUCACCUAUUUGAAAAGGUUGAAAUGGGUGUACCAAGUAAUAUUACUAUAGAAAAGUUUAAUCUUUUAAUAAAACAUUUUAAAAAAUUUGGGCCACAUAACUAUAAAAAUAGACAGUUUUGCAAAAUAUAUUUUACAAAAAAUGCUUUUUAUGGUGAUAUUGAUUUCUUCAAAAAAUUCACAAGUGAACAUGGAAGAGCAGAUGUCAAUCUAAAAUCUGCAUUAGAAUUCGGAUACAACGAUAUUUUAAACUAUGCAUUAGAUAAUAUUGAAAAUAUUAAGCAAAGAGAUCUUUAUUCUCUCCUACUUUCCACGGAUGAUGAAAUUAUUAUUGAAAAAAUUAAAGGCCUACUCAAUUUUAAUGAAAAGUCUGAAUAUGAUUCAAAAAUUAUUUUCGAAAGUAGUUUUAAAAAUGCAACCAAUAGAGAAGUUCGUGCACAACUGAUUAAUAGAGCUAAAAGAUUUCCAGGAUUACUAGAAUGGUUUUUUAAUACAGUUCUAACCCCCUCAACAAACAAUUCUCUUGAAUUAUUCCUCAAUAUCGGUAUAAACCCCACUACUCUAUGUAGAACAAAUAUAAAUGAUCCUGCUACUAUUAAGUCUAGUGAUCUUUCAAAUCAUAUAAUAGAGUUUUUGUUAUCAAAUAAAUUAAGAAUGAAAUUUAUUAAAUCUCUUAUAAUUGUUUUAACAAGAUUACCCACCAAACCAAAAAUAAAAACUCUUUUAUUUUUAAUGGAUAUAAAUAUAAUUACAAUAGAUUUUACAAGCACAUUGGUAAAGAAUUCAGUAAUGUCUUCAAAUGCUCAAAUUAUAGAUUUAUUACUAAACAAAGGAAACUUUACAAAUUUAAAUAUUUUUAAAUUAAAAGAUAAUGAUUUAUUAAAUUAUAUAAAGGAAGUUCAUUAUUUAAUUAAACAUUUUACCUUAAAAAAAAAAAAAAAUGAAAACUAUAGAAAUAUUUUUAUGUACCCUUAA